ACUGGCAGUAUAGAUCCGGCGAUCAGCGAGUGACCACAUCCAACAUGAAAGUCUUAAUUUGUAUAAUCGGAAUCAUUGCCACUGCAAUAGCAGAGGACAGCGAUGUGGCAAUCGAAAAGGUCCUCAAAGAUGGAAACGAUCUCUUCACCUCCAACUUGUUUCCUGAGGUCGUCAAACAGCAUCCAGACAAGAGCGUCAUUCUGUCCGCCUUCUCAGUAUUGACACCACUUGGACAGUUGAGUUUGGCAUCAGUUGGUGCCUCUCAUGAUGAAAUCCUCAAAGCCAUCGGAUUCCCCAAUGAUAAUGUUACAAAAGAGGUCUUCUCGCAUCUAAACACCAAGCUUCGCUCGGUAAAGGGAAUAGAGUUACGAAUGGCGAAUAAAGUUUACAUCCCCACAUCAUACGAACUAAAUGACAAAUAUGCCGUUGUGGCGAAAGACGUGUUCAACUCUGAAGUCCAAAACAUCGACUUCAGCAAGAGCAAGGAGAGCGCUGACACAAUAAAUGCCUGGGUGGAAAGCCAAACUAACAACCGUAUCAAGGAGUUGGUUUCUCCUGAUUCCUUGACUACAGACACGCGUGCAGUGCUCGUCAACGCUAUCUAUUUCAAAGGAAGUUGGAAAGAAAAGUUCAACAAAGAUAUAACCAGAGAUCGAGAUUUCCACGUAACUAAAGAGAAAACUAUAAAGGUCCCCACAAUGUACAAACAAGCUAGCUUUUUGUAUGGUGAGAGCGAAGAACUGGAUGCUAAGCUUUUAGAAUUACCUUACGAAGGAGACGAAGCAUCUUUCUUGAUUGUAUUGCCCAAUAAAAUUGACGGCCUUGCAGCUCUUGAAGAAAAACUAAAGGAUCCUUCACUUUUAGAAAAGGCUAUUAAAAACUUGCAACAACAAGAAGUUGAUCUUUUUUUGCCUAAAUUCAAAAUAGAAACUAAGACCGAUUUAAAACAAGCUCUUCAAAAUAUUGAUAUCAAAAAAAUUUUCGAUAGUGCUGAUGCGCAUUUAGACAACUUACUAAAAGAUGCUAAAGAUUUAUAUGUAAGUGAAGCAAUCCAAAAAGCUUUCAUUGAAGUGAACGAAGAGGGCGCUGAAGCAGCUGCUGCCAAUGAAUUUAUUAUUGCUAUAGAAAGUGCAUAUAUUGUUCCUACUUUCUCUGUGGACAAACCUUUCUACUUUGAACUUAAAUACAAGGAAGUACCUCUGUUUAAUGGAGUGUUCGUACAACCGGUUAUAUAAAUGUAUAAAUAUGUUUGAGAAAAAAGAAUAGACUAUUUGACUCCUAAACGAAGAAACAAGAAUAAUUUACAGUCACAGACAAGCCACUUUUGUUUUCUUUUAAUAAACUGUGUUUCAAAAU